GAGGCCAAGUCUCUUCUACAACUUUUGCCUAACUAUCAAAUAAUGUACCGCCAUUACCCACUUAAGCCGCCCAUCGCCAGCUCUUCGCCUUUCUCUCAAGAGAGCAGUAUGGACUCGACGGACAUGAAGCAACCGCAAAAGGUCUAUGAUAUGGAGUAUUGGCUAGCAUGCUUUGAUGCCCUCACCAGCACCAUGUAUAAUUCUCCAGCAGCAGUGCUGCCAUCUUUCCCACAUCACCAUUAUGCAAUUCCUUUGGGAGAUAAAAAAGAUCAAAUUGGAACAGAGCGAGGAGAAAGUCGAUCCGACCCGAACAUCCCUAACUCAGUUCAGGAAAAUGCUUUCAAUAACCGGAAUGACGAGUACUUUACCUUCCAAAACUUUUACGAUUUUCGACAAGCUAGGUGUGAUCAUGUUAUGGGAAGAUUACGGCUUCAUUUUCGCUUCCCAGCGCUGACGAUAAGAAGAUUACAAGCCGGAAAUUACAUUUUACAUCAAAGCUCACCAGAAGGUCAGGUUGUGGACCCUACUACGGGGUUUUUCAAUGAUAAAUAUACCACCGAAGAGAUGGUUCGUGCCAGAAGGUCAAUUAUGUCUAAGUUUGGAACUUCUAUGAACUCGUUAAAUGUAAGGACCCGGUUCGUUCCCUAUUCAUUUUCCAUAGGAGCAAGAUACUGUUCGCCUUAUCGAGUGCAUGAUAUUCUUUUGCGUUGUCCGCAUCUGCCUAAUUGGGCGCACACCAUCUUCAUGCUGAACGCCAUUGCUUAUAUGAAAGAAAAUGGACCCGUGGAAUCUGGCAAGGUCGUGGCUGGAUUGUUCAAGCCUUUUGCUCCAGCCAUAGAUGUCACAUUUCGCUGGUUGACUAAUGAACACUUUAUGAGUGGGCAAGAGCCAUUUCCGCUUGCCCUCCUUGUAUUCGAGCAUCUGGCGUUCGACACCACGGAAGAGCAAGAUAUGGAUAUCUUAUUGGCCACGGUUGGAAGCCCAAAAGAGGGUAAGAACGCAAAGAAUCAGAUGCAGCUAGCACGGUUUCCUGUAUUGUGGGUCGAACUUGGUGACGGUAUGGGCCAACAUUUGACUGGAUUAGCAAACCAUUGGCUUGAAAAGUCGAGAGCGGAAGGAACUCUGGACGUAGAAAUGGAAUGAUACCACCUAUAAUAAUACUUGUACAAAUACUUCAUGAAAAUAAAAUGUGUCCAUAUUCCAGUUGUCAAUACAGUAA